GUUUGACGUUUGUGAUUUUUGUGAACGAAAAUAAGUAGCAAACAUUGCAAUGACAACAUUUUUUACAAAAGUUAAACAGUUUCCCGAUGUUCCUGAGGAUGAAAAGAUAACACUUGAUCCCUUCUUAGAGGCAGCUGAGGGUGCCACUACAAUUUUUGAUUUACUUGGAGUUGCCUUCAAACCUGUAAAAAGUGACAUAACAGGCAAUAUAUCAAAAUUAAGGAAAAGACAAGCUGAGGACAAAGACAAAUUUCCAACAUUAAACGCUAUUCUACAAGAUGAAAAAGACAACAAAACUUCAAAAGAAGGUCAGAUUGGUGCACUGUGGCUUAAUAGGGCCUUGUUUUUUAUACAACAGCUCCUGGUACAUUUGAUUGACAGUUUGAGAAAGGAACCAGAUGAGACAAAGUUCCGUCCUAUUAUUUUGAAAGCUUAUGAAGAAACACUUAAACCAUUCCAUGGCAUGAUUGUAAAAGCAGUCUUUUCUACUGUUUCAAGAGCAGCACCCUACAGACCUGAUUUGAUGAAAUUACUAGCUCUCAAUGAAGAAGGGAAAGAUGAACAAGUAAUUGCAGAUAUGGAAUCCUACUUAAUAAAUUUGAAGAAAAAUAAUGAUGCAGUUAUUAAAAUAAUUAAAGAUCUUGGACUCUAUGCAGAUGUAAAAGUGUAGAAGAGACAUGGCUUGGUUAGUGGAAGACUCAGUGAAUUUUGGACACGACAAGAUUUUAAAGAUUGUAAUUCACCAGUCUGUUAGAACUAUCUAUGGAUGGGAAUGGGAAACAGAUUUAAUAGGGCUAUUCUGAUUCUAAUUCAAAAACAAAAUGUAUUCAGGGGAUUGAAAGGCAUUUUUAUCAGCAUCAUUACCCACUCAAUUGUAAUUGAGAAUCAUAGUGCAAUAAAGUGUGAAAAGUCAUGGAGUAUUUGUUAAUGAUAGAAAAAUGCUAAACUUCAGGGAUGCAUUCAACUUCAGGAUGUUACUUGGGGGCCACUUCAAUACUUAAAUGAUAGGGGUGACGCUGAGUUUCUGUUAACUCACCCUUUUCAUAAAAUCUAGAUUUUGAAAAUGUAUACUGGUACCUUUUAAUAUUGCCUAGGUAUAAAUGUUACCUUUUCCCGUAUUGUUUGGGUUAUGUAUUAAAAGUGGAUACAUUUAUUGAUAAAAUCACAGCCAG